AUGGCUCCCACGGAAUCCAUGCAGAUGGCCGUAGAAGCCAUGUCGGCCAUUCUUGACAAACACGGCAUUCAUCACGCCGUCAUCGGCGGCUUUGCCGUCCAGCUUCUUGGACACACGCGAGCGACCUCUGAUAUCGAUUUCGAGAUUGAUGUCGGCAAAGUUUCGGAGCUGCGAGGCCGUGUUUCUCAGCUCCUGAUUGAAAGCGAUGCCAGAUUUUCACUUGAGCACUUCAAACUUUUCUUCACCCCGUCCCAGCUCCCGCAGCUACGUGUCCCGAUGGAAAUGCUUCCCAUCGGCGAGCUUGGGCUCCCCACCCAGCUCCAGGUGAUUCGACCUGGCAACGGACUCGUGCCAAUUUUGCGACCAGGAAUAUUGAUUCUGACGAAGAUCAAACGAUGCGCAACGCUGAUCGACAGCACCCGCCCGAAAUCCCUCACCAAGUUUCGCUUCGACGUGUCGGAUAUCGAAUUCUUGCUGAAAUGGCUCGUCAAUAACGAUGAGAAAGUAGACUUUGCCGGCUACCAGUCACGCGCGGUGCACAGAUUGUACGCGGCUGCGGGGGAAUUGCUCAAGCACUGGAAGGAGACAGGACAGGAGGAACUGGUGCAACUGAUGGACUCGGUCCUUGAGGAAGAUGAUCGCGAGAAGAUCAAGGUCGAGAUCAAGGUCGAGUGA